ACACCUCAUCCUCAGAAACGUACUUCAGUGAUGAAGAAGUUGAAAUUCGGAGAGUCUGAUGAAAGUGACGAGGAUGAGGAUGUUGAAGAUGAAGGAGGUGAAGAGGACGGAGAGAGUGACAGUGAUGAAGAGAACAAGAAGAAGAACAAGGAAGGUCAUGGGAAAAAGAUAGUUGGGGAAGGAAAGAAAAAGGUAGUCAAGAUGUGUCAGAAGAUAGACGUUGCGGAAAACGAUGAAAAAGGGGAAGGCAUGGAGACAACAGACAACAAAGAAGAAAUUAAGAGUCCCAAAAUGAAAGUAAAGGAAUUUCAAUUUACUUUUAAUAAUUACAAAGUUUUUGCGGUAUUUCCGGACGAUGCUAAAGAUGUAAUUGGAGAAGAACAAAGACGACGAGAAGAGCGUGACAGAAAAUCUCUUUUUGUGAAAGGUUUACCUAAGGAUGUGAAGCAGGAAGAGUUGAAAGCCCUUCAUGAUGGUAUACUUCAUUUGUUUCUAACAAGGAGUAAAAUAUUUAGUUUUGCGUGGCUUAUUUUCGAUAGCGAAGAUGCUUGUGACAGAGCUUACGAGAAAGUAUCGAAACAAGUAGUUGGUGGCCGCGCAUUAAUUGUAGACUUUUGUGGUGCGAAAGCUAAAACUCGUCCACACAAAGACAUAAAUCAAUUACCGCUUAAACCUUUGGAGUUAUUUGUGGGAGGCCUACCACCUUCUACAUCUAAAGAUCAGAUGAAAAUCAUUUUCCAGCAAGCCACGAAUAUUACUUUUCCGAAGCAAGCAAGAAACAGGAACAAAUUUUGCUUUGUGCAGUUCAGUGAUGAAAAGGAAGCCCGUGAAGCUUUUGAAAAAGGCAAGACGUUGAAAGUUGGGGGUGCUCCAGUUGAUGUUCUAUACGCUCGCAUGCGCAAAAGUGAUGGGAAACCAAAAAAAGCUCAGAAAACGAAUAAAGAUACGACAAAUGACGAGCUAGAAUCUUCGGACGAAGGAAUUCUUGAAAUGGUUCGAUUUUUAAAUUUUCAUAUGAUUACUGUAAGCACGCCACCACAGUGUUCUAAUAUAAGUACUUUCACUGUCCUGUUUACUUUCAGGACAGUUUCUCGGCUCAAAAAUCAAAGAAAGCGAGACUAG